AAACCUCAUUCUCUUCCUAAUCACUUCCACCAUGACAUGUGAUAUGAUAUGAUAUGAUAUGGCACCCUUUCCCCUUAACCUCCUUAUUCUCCUCUUUUCUCUUCCAUCCAUUUACACACUCUCUACCGUUUCCAUUUCUCAAACUUCCAAUUCCACCCAAACACUUAUUUGUGUCCUGCAACACCCAAACCAACAAGCACAAUCAAAUCUCAACUGCACCACCUUUCCUCAGACUCAGCCUAUUACGCUUCAACUCAAUCAUAAUGUUUCCUACUCUCAGAUUGUGGGGGGCGACGGCUAUGUAUGUGCUUUAGGGCCAUCAUCUUCUUCCACCUCCAUCAUGGGCUGUUGGAGAUUCUCUUCCAAUGCUACCAAUGUUCCCUAUAAGCGAAUCUACCAUGGACCCCUUGUUCAACAAAUUGACGGUGGCAAUUCACACGUUUGUGGCCUUGUUAACAAUAGUCUUAGUCUUGGUCUUGGCCUUGAGUGUUGGCAAUGGCAUGGCUUCAAUUCAAGCACUGCCAGGGACAUGUCAAUGACCAUGGCAAGCGUUGCCGUGGGAGAGGAUUUUGUAUGUGUGUUAUCACAGAGAGGGGAAGUUAAUUGCACAGGCACGAGUAGUAGUAGUGUUAUUGUUGAUGUGCCUGCGCAUGGUGGGAAUUACACUUUUGUAGCAGCAGGGUUUAGGCAUGCCUGCGCCAUCUCUUUUGAUGGUAGCUUGCAUUGUUGGGGAGACAUGGAGGGUGAAAUACCACAAGGGAGAUUCUUUUCUUUGGCGUUGGGAGAGAACCGAAGCUGUGCCCUUGGGUAUGACAGAAUAGUUCUAUGUUGGGGGUCCAAUAAUUUCAUCAUGCCACCCAGAUUGCAAGACACUUUCUUUGAAUCAAUUGUGGCAAAGAGAAGUGUUUUCUGUGGUGUUGUGUCUUCUAACAAUUCCUUGCUUUGUUGGGGUUCCGAAUUUUUUGAGUCAAACGCGAAGGUGUUUGACGAUGUCCUUCCAGGGCCUUGUAGGAGCCAGUGUCCGUGUGGGCCCUUGCUAAAUUCAGCCAAACUAUGUCCCUCUCCUGACAUCAUUUGCCAACCCUGUUCCCCCCAAGUGGCUCAAUCUCCACCACAACCACCAAAUAAUAACACAGGUUGGAGCAGAAAAAUGGUGGCAUUUCUGGUGGUUGGAUGUGUUGGUUGCAGUUCCCUAUUGCUAGUCAUGGCUUUCUUCCUUUACAGAUACUGCAACUCCAACCGCAGAGCAAGCCGUGUCCAUGAUUCUGACAGGUUGGAUGGGUCUCAACCUGUAUCUCGUGUUCUUCAGAAGCGUUUGAGCCAUGUGAUCAGCAUGGGAAAUGGAAGCCCUUUGGAGGAGUUUUCUCUAGAGACACUGCUCCAAGUCACCGACAAUUUCUCUGAGGACAAGAGAAUCGGAAUUGGCAGCUUCGGUUCAGUGUAUUACGCAACUUUAGAGGAUGGAAAAGAGGUUGCUAUAAAAAGAGCGGAAGCCUCAUCCUCCUCCUACGCAGUUUUGGGUGGCCAAGUGGACAAAGACAAUGCCUUUGUGAAUGAGCUUGAAUCUCUCUCAAGACUCCACCACAAGAACCUUGUACGCUUGCUGGGGUUCUAUGAAGACACCAAAGAACGCAUUUUGGUUUACGAGUACAUGAACAACGGCAGCCUCACUGAUCAUCUUCACAAGCUUCAAACUUCAGCUCUUAUGUCAUGGCCAAUGCGCAUCAAAGUGGCUCUAGACGCAGCUAGAGGCAUAGAGUAUCUACAUCGAUAUGCCAACCCACCAAUUAUUCACCGUGACAUCAAAUCUGCCAACAUAUUAUUGGAUGCCAAGUGGACUGCCAAAGUCUCUGAUUUUGGACUCUCAUUAAUGGGCCCUGACCCAGAAGACGAGGAGGCCCACCUUUCUCUUCUGGCUGCUGGCACUGUUGGCUACAUGGACCCUGAGUACUAUAGGCUUCAGCAUUUGACCUCCAAGAGUGAUGUCUAUAGUUUUGGUGUGGUUUUGUUAGAGUUGCUCUCUGGCUACAAAGCCAUUCAUAAAAACGAAAAUGGGGUGCCAAGAAAUGUGGUUGAUUUUGUGGUGCCAUUCAUUGUUCAAGAUGAGGUUCACAGGGUUUUGGACACAAGAGUUCCCCCACCCACACCUUUUGAGAUAGAGGCUGUGGCGUUUGUGGCUUAUUUGGCAACAGAUUGUGUUAGACUAGAAGGAAGAGAUAGACCAAGUAUGUCUCAAGUUGUAAAUAACUUGGAAAGAGCAUUGGCUGCAUGUUUAGCCCAACCAAUACUCUCAAGCUCCAACACUCAUUCUUCACAAUAGCUUACACCAUAUUUCCUUUUCCCUUACGCGUUCAGCUUCAGUUCCCUCGAUUCUGAAACAGUCAAAGUCUUGUACAUUAGACCACUUUUCUAUCUUCAUUUUUAAAAAACUAAUUUCGACGUCACACCUCACACGAGACGAUUCAAUUAUACUAACCCGGUCUAAUUUGUAUUUGAUGACGCCAACAAGUGUAUCAUACAUUGACAAUUUGGUUCUCAACCAACAAGCAUAGAAAAAUAUACACCGUGUAAUCGGUUGAAUCAAUGUGCAUUUUAAGCAAAUCACACGAUUCACACCUCUACUUUUCUUUUUUUAUACACUACUCGCUACUAGGUCAAUGUUUCGUUUCUGUCUUCACGAGACAAAGUCAAAUAGACGGAUUUUUCUUUUUAAAUUGGAGACUAGUAGCAUGGUCUUAGGAUAUGUAACAAACCAAAAUACGUGUGCUUUUCAACUUCAAUCUUCAGAUUUAUUGUUGA